UGCCCAGCGAACACUGCACCAGCUGGAAGCAGUGAAAAGUCCUGGGUGACCACCUCAGCGCCCCCCUCUGACCCACCUCCAGCAAACACUGGGCUAUUUUGAUGUUGCUUUGAAGCUGGGAGAGCACUGGAACUUUGGGCCUGCUCAGGGGGCGGAAGCCACAGGCUCCUUUGGCCUUUGUGGUUUUGCCAAACCCUUGACUAGCCUCCAAGGGAGCGGUUUUUGGAGAGACACACUUGGCUUCAGUGAGUGCGUGGAGGCCUAGGGCUUCUAUUUAUUUUGAACAGGGAUAGUCAAGCAGCCCAGCAGGAUGUCUCCAUACUGGGCCCAGCGUGAUGUCUUCAGAUUCUGGGGCUGUAGGUUGGGUGACAAGGAGAGAGCUUGAAUUCCUGAAUCGGAGGGUUCACCUCCUCUGCUUCUUGUUAGCUGUGUGAUCUCAGAUCUACACGGACUGGGCCAAUCACUAUCUAGCCAAAUCAGGCCACAAACGUCUCAUCAAGGAUCUCCAGCAAGAUGUGACGGACGGUGUCCUCCUGGCUCAGAUCAUCCAGGUUGUGGCAAAUGAGAAGAUUGAAGACAUCAAAUGGCUGUCCGAAGAACAGAUCGCAAAUGAUUGAAAACAUAGAUGCCUGCUUGAAUUUCCUGGCAGCUAAGGGAAUAAACAUUCAGGGGCUGUCUGCAGAAGAAAUCAGGAAUGGAAACCUCAAGGCCAUCCUAGGCCUCUUCUUCAGCCUCUCCCGGUACAAGCAGCAGCAGCAGCAGCCCCAGAAGCAGCACCUCUCCUCGCCACUGCCGCCGGCUGUGUCCCAGGCGGCCGGGGCCCCCUUCCAGUGCCAGGCUGGCACUCCUCAGCAACAGGUGCCAGCCACUCCCCAAGCCCUGUGCCAGCCUCACCAGCCAGCACCACAUCAGCAGUCAAAAGCACAAGCCGAAAUGCAGUCCAGUGCAUCAUCCAAGGAUUCAUCUCAAAGCAAAAUCAUCCGCUUCACUCUGGGUCAGAAAAAGAUCUCUAGACUUCCAGGUCCUACCACAAGGGUAUCCGCUGCAGGCAGCGACGCCAAAACACGUGGAGGGUCGGCCGCUGCUAACAACCGACGCAGUCAGAGCUUUAACAACUAUGACAAGUCCAAGCCAGUCACCUCCCCACCCCCACCGCCAAGCAGCCAUGAGAAAGGGGAAGACCCCGAGGCCCGGAGACUGCGGACAGUGAAGAACAUUGCUGAUCUGCGGCAGAAUUUGGAGGAGACCAUGUCCAGUUUACGGGGAACUCAGGUUACACACAGCACAUUAGAAACCACAUUUGACACCAACGUCACCACGGAGGUCAGCGGGCGCAGCAUCCUCAGCUUGACGGGCAGGCCCACUCCUCUGUCCUGGAGACUCGGCCAGUCCAGCCCUCGGCUCCAAGCAGGAGACGCCCCCUCCAUGGGCAACGGGUACCCGCCUCGAGCCAACGCCAGCCGGUUCAUCAACACCGAGUCGGGCCGCUACGUGUACCCUGCCCCUCUGAGGAGGCAGCUGGCGUCCAGGGGCAGCAGCGUGUGCCACGUGGACGUCUCCGACAAGGCCGGAGACGAGAUGGACCUGGAGGGCCUCAGCGUGGACGCCCCCGGCUACAUGAGCGACGGGGACGUCCUGAGCAAGAACAUCCGGACGGACGACAUCACCAGCGGGUACAUGACCGAUGGCGGACUUGGCCUCUACACCCGCCGCCUGAACCGGCUCCCUGAUGGGAUGGCUGUAGUGCGGGAGACCCUGCAAAGAAACACCUCCCUGGGCCUCGGAGACGCCGACAG